AUGAUGUCCUUUUUACUAAAAUCAUUUCAGUCACGUUGUAUAUUUUUUAAUCGAUUUAUUUUUGUUCUAAAAAUUUUUUUUAACAUUAAUGUUGUUCUGAAUUUAAUGUCAACAAAGGUAGAUAUUCCGGAAAAAGUGCAAAAUAUUUUGAAGAAUGCUGAAAAAGAAGGAGAAUCUGAAGAAAUUGAUAUAACAGAUAUUUUUUACCAAGCAUGUGAAACAUUAAAAUCAUCUGUUUUAUCAAUUUGUCCAGAUUUUUCAUUAAAUGAAGCAAUGCAAGCUGUUGAUAUGAUGAAUGCUCAAAUGGAUAGUGGGAUGGUUUUCAUUGAUCCACCAACACAAGGUCUGGAGAAUUCUUUACAUAAUGGAUCUAUUGAUGUUGAAAAUAUGAGUUCAAGAGAAAUAGUAGCUAUUAUUGAUGCAACAUGGGGUUGUUUUGUUUCAUGGCUUAAUCUUAUACCAUUAGAUCAAAGUUUUUAUACCAAUGUUUUGUUACAUGAUCCUAAUGUUAUUGUAAAUCCCGUUUUAAAAGCUUCUAUGAAUGCUUUUUUAACAAUUUCAACUAUUUUUGCUGAUGUUAUAGAAGCGAUGAAUACAUAUUCUGAGGAAGAUAUUAUUAUUCAUUCUUAUAGAAGGCAAGCUAAUAUAGCAAAAGAAUUAAAUAAAUUUAAUGAUGGGGAUUCUGUUGAUGUUAGAGAAGGAAAACUUACUAUUUUAUAUAGAUUAAGAUCAUUAGAAACUAUGAUAUUAUUACUUAAAUUUCUUCUUCCAUUAUCUGAUAAUGAAGAGAUAGGAAAUAUAAAUUUUAAAAAAGCUAAAACACUAGUAGCAACUUUUAAAGCUAGCAUUAAAGCUUCAAAUCAAACUAUAAGUUAUGGCUUACAACCUGAAAAUGGUGAUGAUAGUAAUUAUGAAUGGCUUUCUUGUUUUCAACCUGAAGUUAAUAGAUAUAUUCUUCCUGCUACAUUUCCUAAACGUCUUAAAUGUACCUCACGAAAUAAUGCUUAUGAAGAGUUAAGAAGAAUAACAUUUAAAUUGGAAGAGAUUACAAAUAUUAAUGAAGAAGAUAUUUAUGAUGUUGAAUCUAUAGGAGCAUUUCUAAAAAAUUAUUCAAGAAAUAAUAGUUGUCUUAUUACAAGAUGUUUUGUUCAUCUUGUUCUUUUACCAUUAGAAUCUAAACUUUUUGGUACAAUUAGUUUACAUGAUCUUUAUCUUCGUAAUAUAUCAUUAGAUACUGCUAUAGGACUUUUUAAUCGUAAUGGAAAUCUUCAUGAAGUGAUUCUUAAUACUAUACAAAAAGAAUGGGGUGAUUAUUGUAAAGUUAUUGUAAAUCUUUAUGCUAAUAUCUUUCAAAAUUAUACUAGAAAUAUUAGUAGGCAAAUGGAAAAUAUUUCAUCAAAUAUUGCUGAAGCUUUUGGUGCAUUACCGUAUGUUACUCAUUUUGAUAGAUUACUAGAACAACGUUUUACUAAUGAUAUACAAUUAAAUGGAAAAUUUUCAUAUCAUAUUAAUAAUCUUCUACUUGAUUUAUCUGCUGAUUAUUUUGAACUAGGUUUUAGAACAGAUUUAUAUCUUCCAUACGAAUUCGACUACAUCUACUGGUAUCUUUUUGAAAUAUGUUACCCUCAAAAGGUAGCUAUUUAUGAACAGACAAUAAAUUUUAUGGAAAAUGAAAAGGCAAUAUUAAUAAAGGGUGGUAAUUUAGAAACAGUUACAAAAAAAAUGUACAAAUUACAUGGUAAUACUGCUUUAACAUUUCCAAAUAUUGAAGGUGUCAAUUUUAAAUUUAUUUUAAGAACAUCAUUAAUUUAUCUCUACAAAAGUUAUUUUUUCUUGGUUAAUGCUUUAAAACGACAAGGAUUAAUUAAAAAUCCAUCAAUGGAUCAUGAAGAGUAUCGUUUCAAUAUUAGAUUCAGUCCAUUAGGACCAUUAAUUAAUUUUUUUCAUAUUGAUUAUCAAAAAUAUUUUAAAAGUAAAGAAGAUUAUACUGGUAAUAAGGUAUCAUUGAUAACAUUAUAUGAAAAUUCUUUGCAAGCUCUUAACAGGUGUGUAACUUACCUCAACAGAAUUCCUUCAGAUUAUAAUCAUCCUGAUAUGAAAAUAAUUCAACAUCUGAAUUAUAUUUGUAAAAAGAAUAAAGUCGCUACCAAUUUACUAAAAUUGCAAAAAGUGCCAACGAAAAAAGUUAAAUUUACACAGAACAAAGAAUUUUACUCUCUUCCUAUUAUUAAUCUUGUCUAG